CCAGGGGUUGUGCCUCAUCCUUUUCUUCGCCUGCUCGCUCUGACUGCAUCUUCCUGUUCUCACACCCAACCAAGCCGAUUCUUCUCCUCCUUCAUCACAUCCUUCCUGUCUGUCCGUCCCCAAUCUAUCCGUACCUACCUACCUUACCUACGUUACGGAACACGGAUACUGCAUGGCCUGACCAUCCACAACCACCCGCCGAACCUUGCCUUGCUUUGCUUUUCUGCCUUGCCUUGCCUUGCCUUGCCUUCCCUCGCCUCGCCCCGUCUCACAGUCCUCACUUUAUCCUGGAACCAACACAACACGCGCUCACCCGCACCCGCACACGUACACACACCACGCGUCUCGAAUCGAACACGACAGCGCCCGACCCAUCUUUUUUUUUUUUUUGCUGUCCUGUCCCGGCCGUCGUCCCAGUCACGUCACGCUUCACCCCAUCUCGCACCCUUCCGCUCUGCCAGGGUUGCGACGCUACGCCCGUCAACAAUAUGUCACUGGAAGUAGUUUACAUCGCCCGCCAUGGAUUCCGGUCCAACUGGCUUGUCGACCCUUCGACGGGAAGCUACACGGCGUCCAUCCCAUCUCCGACAGGAAUCCCCGCAGACCCGGAGUUGACAGCACACGGCGUCGACCAGGCUAAGGAGCUGGGCGCCCACCUGCUGACCGUUGAGCCUCCAAUCGAAGCCGUCUAUUCCAGCCCCUACUACCGCUGUCUGCAAACAAUCACGCCCUUCGUCACCCUCCAGAAGGAACGCCUCAACCGUCUUCGCGGGCAGGACGUUGGGCGCAACGCCGACACCGACGCCAUCACCAUUCGUCCCGAGCAUGGCCUUUGCGAAUGGUAUGGCGCCGCCCCGUUCGAGCAUCCGACCCCGGCCUCGUCCGACGUGCUAAAGUCCAUGUUCCCUCACCUCAAUGACACGUAUCGGAGCGCCGUGUUUCCCGCUCGCAACGGUGAGACCAUCGCUCAAUUGCACGACCGUGUCGCCGCCGGCGUACAAGCCAUCAUCGAGCAAUGCGACGCCGAGGGCAAACGCGCCGUGGUCCUAUGUUCGCACGCCGCCUCUAUCAUCGCCCUUGGGCGAGUCCUCACCGGCGUCAUGCCCGAGACCAUUGAUGCGGAAGACUUCCGAGCCUUCACGUGCGGAUUGAGUAUGUACCGAAGGAAAGCACCAUCGCCUUCCGGGACACAAACCUCGGCGACCCCAGGACCGGAUUCGGAAACCCGCUCAUGGAGAAACGGGAGGGGAGUUGGAGGAGGGUGGGUAUGCGAGCUCAACAGCGACUGCAGCUUUUUGAGCGGAGGAGAAGAGAGGGGAUGGAGAUUUUCGGGAGAUGAGUCCUUUUCCACGGCCGAGAAAUCAUCGCCUCAGGUCGACGCCGGACUGGCACUCGGCGUGGUGGUGGAAGGAAAAGUGAAACCCGACAAGGUGUCUCCCCACAGAGCUGCAGGUCAUCAUCGCCUCUAGGACGACGGCUUCAUUGGCCGGGCGGCGGCCCUUCGUCAUUUGCGUUUUCUUUUUCCCCCUCUCUCAUUCCCAAGAGGUCAAUUCCUUCGACGGGACGCUCAAAGGGACCAAGGUCCAAGGGUCAAGCGGCUUUUUGGGGGCUGCGACAAGUCCUGCUUUCUCCGACCUGGGCCCAGAGCAUGGAGACCGAUCCGCACCACCUGUGCGUGUGCGUGUGUCCUUGCGGCCGAUACACCGAUGGCAGCUAAUGCCGGAUAGACUUGCCUAGCUGCUGCGGGAUGCAUCAUCUGCAUGUCUCUGGCGCGGCCAGGGUAGGAUAGAAUCUGCGAGCCAGUCACUACAGCGGCUAGCCCCGAAUCCAUGACAGAACCCCCCCUGUCGAUUUCAUCUCACAGCUGCCACACCAUUUCAUCGCUCCGUAUUCGAAGCUCUCACCCGUCGCUCUCUAUUGAAUGCCUUCAACACCGCUCGAUAGGACAGACGGCCCAGGGACGACUGGACGUGGCCCAUCACGUCCAGUCCCGCGCUUUCGCCGCCGGAUUGUUGCCCAUCCGGAUUGGCUCCUUCAGCUGAAGAACCCUAAUCUCGCAAAGGCAAAUCUGCUGGCGCUCAGUGUCUAUCUUGUGUCAUGAGCACAUGCAAGAAGAUUGACGUGCUUGCAUCUCGCGUCUCGCCUCGCUUGGCCCGCUGCCGCUUUUCUUCCUGGCUCGAUCCCUUUGAUGGCUUGGCUUCCGCAAGGACUGUGAAGGGGGGAGGGAGGGGAGCUCAUUGACGAAUCCUCAAACAUCGGCUGAUGUUGCUUAUCACAGUGCAGCAGCUCAACAACCCGGGCCCGCGUCCUUUAUCCGCACCCGCUGCCACCUCCUCCUCCAGACUCCUCAGCCUCGAUCGUUGCCGGGUCCCUGUUUAGAGCCACAGAAAGUGGAUAUUUCUCAUUCGGAACAAUGGGUAAUAACGAAACAAGGGUCAGAUCUGUGCGACGCUUUGCUGAAGAAAAAGCUAGCUUGGCAUACCAUGCCGUGGGCCUGUCUAUGUAUUCGUACACUACAGAGCAGCCAGCCCCGUCCGGACCCAAGGCGGGACACGCACCAAGUCAGAAAUGGGUUCGGCCUUCUAGGGAGUCGACAAUAGCAAGUGACAAACUCUCCCCAUUCCUUGCACGGCGGGCUCGACGUUCGAUUCUCGCGCUUGGCUUUGAACGACCAUUCCCCUAGAAGCCUUUGAUCUAGCGGCGACGUGGGGACCGAUCGGUGCCGGAUGCGUCUUGCAAUGCGUCUUCCGAAUCGUCCAUCUGGUGUCUUUGCCGAGACCCUAGCAUCAUGUUCGGAUAUUUGUCUCCAAGUUGGCCUCCCUAGCGGUGUAGGCUCGCAUUAUUUGACUCAGCUGCUCAAACAGGAACGUUCCUGUUGAAAGCGCGAAUCUUACACGGGGCGUGUUGCCAGUGGCCAUGGCAGCUCGCCGCUCGCCGCUCCCUAAUUCCCCAACACCAACGAUUCGCCAAGCUGCAGCCCACGGGAGCUCAUGAUCAUCUCGUCCAUGUCAAAAGAGCGGUGGACGAAGGCAGCCAUGCGUUGGAAGGAAAUGGGAGGGUCGGAAAGGGCUCACCGUUCUUCUUAUGAGAGGCUCUACCAUGGGCCAGGUCUGCAGCGUCUGCCUAGACAUGUGUACGACUGGGGAUGGCAGCACUGACUAGCACGCAUGUGCCUGUCGCAAAGAAAGGAAAGUACAGCCUUCGUCCAGCUGCAGAAGAGGGUGGAUGGGUGACGCGCUUGACACCUGGCGACAACAACAUACAGCCUCCAAGGCACGACAAGGCGGCAGGCGAUGGCUAACCAAAGAUGGUUUCUUAAUCGGGCGGUAUGCUUGAGUCGAUCACGGUACCAACCCAACCGGGAGAGCUUGUCUGUUUCGGAUCUUGGACGCGGGCCAUUGAUUCGACGAGAUCGAUGGCUGGGCUCCAAAAGGAAACGGAAAAGAGAUAGAGAGAGAGACAGAGAAAGAAGAAGAAAAGCAAUAACAACGGGUGGCCACACGUACGCAGGGCAAUUGGUUUGAGGUGGUAGUAUUGCCAACAACACAGGCGCCGGUCUAGCACGGGCAACCUGCAGAAAGCGAAAUCGGGAAAUCCUCAGAGGCUUUCGGCCGUGUGCGAAGAAGGCCGGUAGAAGGCUCGAAAUAACUCGCCUUCAGCUUCAGCUCACACGAAGCGGAGGGCGAUAGCAUCGGCAAAACCCAUCUCGCGCGUGCCUUCAUCCCGUCAACCUGAAAUCUCUGUCCGCUUUCAGCAAACAAUUGGCGUCAAUGCACUGAACUUGGGAUGCCACGAACGUAGCCAAACAAUCGGCAAGCACCCAAUUGUCAGGACUGAUCAAAGAAGGAGAAACCAUCACAGACGACCUCCUGCAAUAGGGUGUGACGCGCUGUGCUAUUUGAAUCGCAGGAAAUGCCUCCAAACGAUCAAUGGCAGGCGGCUAUCAAGGGUUUGCGGCAACAACAACAGCAGGCGGCAUGCCAACAAGACAGAGCUGUUGUGAGGCGGA